UUGUCCUUCAUUUAUACUCCUUCUUAGCUCACGCAUCUUCUUUCACUCUUUUCUAAUUUGUUCAUGCGAUUUCAUUAUUCUGUAGUUUCUACAAAUUGAAUUGAAGUGAACAAACCAUGACCCAGGCGAUUGAUACCAAGGCGAACCCCGCCAUUCAACCCCACUAUUUGACUGGCGACGGCGCCGCAAUUCGAUCUUUCCUCGACAAAUUCGAUGUCUUCCUGUUUGAUUGCGAUGGCGUCCUUUGGUCUGGCGACCAUUGUUUCCCCGGAACGAACGAAACACUGGAGUUGUUAAGAAGUCAAGGUAAACAAGUCGUCUUCGUCACGAACAACAGCACCAAGUCGCGCACCGACUACAAGAAGAAGUUUGAUUCAUUGGGGAUUCCAAGCUCAGCCGAAGAAAUCUUCUCCUCCUCCUACAGCGCCUCAAUCUACAUCUCACGCAUCCUCUCCCUCCCGCCCAACAAACGCAAAGUCUUCGUCAUCGGCGAAACAGGCAUCGAGCAAGAACUCCGCUCCGAAAACGUCCCCUUCAUCGGCGGCACAGACCCGUCCCUCCGGCGCGACGUCACCCCCGAAGACUACAAGCGCAUCGCCGCAGGGGACUCCUCCCUGAUCGACCCCGAAGUCGGCGUCGUGCUCGUCGGCCUCGAUUUCCACAUCAACUACCUCAAGCUCUCUCUCGCAUUCCACUACGUCCGCCGCGGCGCCGUCUUCCUCGCGACGAAUAUCGACUCCACCCUGCCUUCCGCGGGCACCUUCUUCCCCGGCGCGGGGUCCAUGAGUGCACCGCUGAUUAUGAUGCUUGGGCGCGAGCCGGUCUCGCUGGGGAAGCCGAAUCAGGCGAUGAUGGAUGCUAUUGAGGGGAAGUUUCGCUUUGAUCGUGCGCGGGCUUGUAUGGUGGGGGAUCGUGCGAAUACGGAUAUUCGGUUUGGUUUGGAGGGGAAGCUGGGGGGGACGCUGGGUGUUUUGACCGGUGUUAGUAGUAAGGAGGAGUUUGUGGAUGGGGAUGUGCGGCCGCGCGCUUAUGUGGAUAAGUUGGCUGAUCUUUUGGGGUCGCAUUAACUUGAGAGAGAGGCUUCUUGCGCUUUGGUUCUACAUGAGACUUGCUGGGUGACGGCAGAAGGGUUUAUGUGGGGUGGCUAUGAAUUAUGAUGGAAAUAAAGAUAUAGGCGGGUCCAUAGAGUACAAUUUGAUAUAUACAAUUUGUC